AUGCACAUCAACAUAUGCCAGCUCCUGGGGCUCGUCCUCGUAUUUCUCAAUCUGGUCCUCGCGCGGCCCAUCCCCAGCCCGAUCCCGGCCAGGAGCAUCCACGACAUCGACGCGGUGCUCGAUCCGCGGCCUAGCAACGCAUACGAGAGCAAAGUCAACAACAAUCCCGGCAACAUUGACCCAGCGCAGCGCGCGCGCGAGGAAUUCCGCGAGCAGCAUGCGCUCGAGCACGGCGUGAAGCCGAAGGCCCAGGCGAAGGGCCGCCGCCCGCUCAGGGAUAUCACCAAGAAGCGCGUGCUCGAGGAUAAUAAUAGGGCGAGGCAUAAGCAGAACGAUCGGUUGGCUACUAUUGUCGAGGACGUUGAGGGCGAGAAAAAGGAGGAGGAGGAGGAGGAGGAGGACCUGUAUCGGUGGGGGAGGCCGACGGUUGAGUUGGGGUUCGGGUAUAACAAGGGCUCGAAGUAUGACAAUCGCUAUGGACAUCUGAGGGCUUACGAUCGAACCAUCGAUAUCGAAAAAUUGGAGGAGUUUGCUGCCGGGUUGGCAGAAGAUAGCGUGUUGCCGGAGAACUGA